AUGGAGUUCUUUUUUGGACAGCAUGGUCCCCGUCAUGUGGCCGUAAAGCAAGUUAAUCUCCAACACCAGGGCUGCGAGGAUGUGUUGAAGGAAAUCUUGGUCAUGAAGGAAUAUAAGAACCCCAAUAUUGUCACCUACCUAGAAAGCUCAAUUCUGUUGCGUUCAUCUUGCAGCUACCUUGUCAAUGAGGAUGUCCUGGUGGUGUUGGAGUAUAUGGAUGGAGGCUCCUUAGCUGAUGUGGUCAGCAUGAAAAGGAUGGCUGUAGGACACAUAGCAACAGUGUGUCGGGAGUGCCUGCAAGGCCUGGCUUUCCUUCAUGCCAACCAGGUGAUCCACAGAGACAUCAAAAGUGACAACAUCCUUCUGGGCCAGGAUGGCUCCGUCAAGCUGGCCGAUUUUGGCCUCUGUGCUCCGCUCAGCCCUGAGCAGAGUAAACGGAGGUCGAUGGUCGGGACCACUUGCUGGAUGGCACCCGAGGUGGUGAGAAGAGAGCCAUACGGCCCCAAAGUGGACAUCUGGUCCCUUGGCAUCGUGGGAAUAGAAAUGGCCAAAGGAGAGGCUCCUUAUAUUCGGGAAACCAGUGAGAGGGCUAACUACCUGAUAGGCAAGCAAGGCGUACCAGACCUGCACAAGCUCAGGCUGCCCUCUGGCUUGUGUGAAUUUCUGGGCUGCUGCCUGCAGAUGGAUGUGGACAGGCGAGGCUCUGCCAAGGAACUUCUGCAGCAUGAUGCUGCUUUGGACAAUGCUGGUUACUAUCUGGACUAG